AUGUCAUGCAGACCUUCUUGCAAGGCUGUUCGCCAAUGUACAUCAAGAUUUGUCGGAUGGAGUAGAAAAGGCUCUUCAGAGCUACGUCGCGAAGAACUUGCAGUCACAGGUUGUGUUGCCCCAGACCAUGCUACUGAACUCCCCGAUCUCAACUUGACAUACCAGCUGCAACAUUUGCAGUUUGUGUAUUCCAGCAAGUCUUCCAACAGAAGCUUCGCGCUUGCGCAUGCCACAUGCACUUUUUCUGCCGCAGGCAAGGCAGCAUCCGAGGCUUUCCAGACGGUGCGCCUUGGACCGGGAGACGCACCCGUGGGAAUGGAUCAGUGGAGGCGAGCGCUGGGAAUUGGCCCAGAGUGGUUCUCCUUGGAGCGCGUUUCAGCGAGCUCCAAGCAAAUCUCGCGCAGCAUGCGCUACGCGGGCAUGCUCCGCUCUCAGAGCUCCAGGGUGAAGGACGCGAAUUUGUACUCAUAUAUUGACAUGUCGUGCCCGGAAGUGGAUAUCUCCAAGGAAAGAGCCGGAGUUGUCAUGAGGCAAGACCACCUCCAAUUCAGUAUUGAUUGUGAAGAUACAAUGGCGGUCAAUGCCACAAAUUUCAGCUUGAUCAAUGCCACCUUCAACAACGUGCUGGAGGAAGUCUCGGUCUCUGCGUAUGUGCCAAAUGACCACACAGCUGGAAUUCGCCUUCAAGUCUUAAAUGUGAGCAUGGGCAGUGCCACUGUGUCUACCUUUCAUUCUCGGGCCUUCAUGGGUUCAGGCAGUGAGAUGAAGGCUUUGGCACUUCAUGCUAUGCUGAAAGGCCUCCCUCUCAUGAACGAGCAACUCAGUCACACCCCAAUCAUCUUUUGCGGUGGAUCUUCGGCUUGUGCCUUGGUCCGAUCCCUUCGUGCCACAUGCUGUUACUAG